GCGUCACUCGGGUUUUUCCGCAGGGCGGGACGCUCGCUCGGGCCACUUUCGUUUCGCGGAGGCGCGCGGAAGGAAAGCGGCGUCACGGUGUGUCGAUAAUUCUUCAGUGAAGUCCGCAAACGUCCAGAAGCGAUCGACUGUGACGCGAUCCGGAGUACAGGCCGCGAUGGACGGACUGUAUCAUGCCUGGGCACCGACCACAGUAUCUCAAGGUAAUCCGUACGUUGAGAUCAUCGAGCAGCCGAAGGCACGGGGAAUGCGUUUUCGUUAUAAAUGUGAAGGUCGAUCGGCCGGCAGUAUUCCUGGAGAGAAGAGCAAUGAAACCACCAAAACACAUCCCGCUAUCAAGGUUCAUAACUACAGCGGUCCAAUAAGAGUGAGGAUCUCUUUGGUUACCAAGAAUCAGCCGUAUAAACCUCAUCCUCAUGAACUGGUGGGCAAAGACUGUAAACAUGGAUAUUAUGAGGCAGAUUUACAGGAGAGACGGAUUCACAGUUUCCAGAAUCUGGGUAUUCAGUGCGUUAAGAAGAAGGACGUGGGAGAAGCUGUUUCCUGUCGACUUCAAACACAGAACAACCCCUUUAAAAUUCCUGAACCCAAAAUCUGGGAGGAGGAAUAUGACCUGAAUGCAGUUCGCCUGUGUUUCCAGGUCUUCAUCACUCUGCCCAGCGGUGAAUCUUUUCUUCUGAAUCCUGUGGUCUCUCAUCCCAUCUAUGACAACAGAGCUCCAAACACAGCUGAGCUGAAGAUCUGCAGGGUUAACAGAAACUCUGGCACCUGUCGAGGGGGAGACGAGAUCUUUUUACUCUGUGAUAAAGUUCAGAAAGAGGACAUCGAGGUGCGUUUUUUCCGUGACUCGUGGGAGAGCAAGGGUUCGUUCUCUCAGGCGGACGUUCACAGACAGGUGGCCAUUGUGUUCCGGACUCCACCGUACAGCGACACCAACCUGACAGAACCGGUGCGUGUCAAAAUGCAGCUCCGCAGGCCGUCCGAUCGAGAGGUCAGUGAGCCCAUGGACUUCCAGUAUCUGCCCGCUGAUCCAGAUGAACAUCGGAUACUGGAAAAGAGGAAGAGGACCGAGGGAAUGCUGCAAAACCUUAAACUCAACAGCAUCAUUUCAGGCUCCUCGAUGCCUAUGGACAGACGACCAUUCAGCACAGCUAAAAGAUCUCUGCCCGUCUCCAAACCUACAGCCGCCAUCGGCCUGCUGCCAGCCGCUUCUGUGUCCGUAGGUGCAUCGGUGAAGCCCCAGACGUCCUCGUUCUUCAGUCAGACCCCUGGGCAUCUGUUUGCUCAGUCCACACAGAGCGAACUCAAAGCGGAGCCGUCGACAUCCGCAAGUGACCCUUGGACGUUCCUCAGCACCUUGACGGUGGACCCUCAUCCCAAAGCUGUGCCAGUGAGCGCCGCUCCCACCACACUCACUCAAGACUUCCCCACCGUUAACCUGUCUGACCUACACGACUUUCCCUUCAGUAACUUCACCGUAAAGUCCCAGGAUCAGAAUAACGCCGGAGGCGAUGUCGUCGGGUGCGCAGUUUCUCAAAGCGUGCAGAACGCGUUCGGCGGACCCUUCGGAGAUGACGAGUUUCCGGAGUUCCCGAGCUUCUCGGAAGCGCAAGGCACAGACGUCGACAACAUUAACAUCGAUGAGAUUCAGGAGCUUCUAGGUCAAAGUGGACUUUCUGCUGAAGGACUCGCGAUUGGGAAUUCAAUUAUGGGAAAGUCUGCGGGCAACGUCUCCGCGUCCAACCCGCCGGAUCACUCGGAAAACAACUCCACCUGGAUGACUUUUCCACUGAGCAUCGCUAACCUUAUUCGAAACGAGAACAUGAUUGACAGUUCGCCGGCUCCGCCUACCGCGUCCGCUGUGCUCGAGGACCUUGAUGUGAUCAGUUCGAUGGAUGAAGAUCGUCUCAUGUCAAUCUUAAACGGCAACUCCCAAUUGGGAUUUCUGCCUGGACAUCCGAACUAAACGUUGAAGAACGUCGUCUUCAUUUUGACCCUCUCAUGUUUCUCCUCAAUAAUCUUUGUUUUACAGAAGCAUGAUGUUAAAAAGUCACAUAACCAAACUGAAAGACUUUACAAGCUUUACAUGGACAGGUAGCUUUUACCUGUUAGAAAUUUUGGGGGGCGGUAAGGGGUCUAUCUUUACUUGGUGCCUUAACAAGUUUAAACUAACUCGCCCUCUUAGAUCAGUCUACACACUAUCGCUCCAGACGAUAUUAUGAGAUGAAAGAGUGAAAUGAUUGAGUGGGUGAUUGCAGGUUUGAUUCAGAAACAUUAAAGAUUAAAAUAAUCCUCUUGACAUUCAGACUCAACGCCAACAGUCUGACAAGUACGUUGGGAAACAGUGCAGUCGAUCACUGUUCUGUUUCAAAGAAAAUUUUUUGCACUAUUGCCAAGUUACAUAUAAAAGACAUAGCUUCAAUUGAGCUAUAGAGAAUCCAUACAGAGAAUCUCAUCCUGACUGAUUUCUUGGUCGGGUCCAGCAGAAGCAGCGUCUAUUUAAAAAUGACAAUUAAUGACUUCAACAGUGACUGUUUUUACAAAUGAAACUGUAAGAGGUUUUUAUUUGGUGGGGGGGAGCUCUUCUGACAGAUAUACAGCUAAUGUAGAUUAGAUUUAGAUUUUUUAUUUCAAAAGUGGUUGUAAGUAGUGUUGCAAUGGGGCGGAAAGUUUCAUUAGGGUAGAAAUUGCAUUAAAUCUCGUUGUUUGAACAAAAUUAUGCUGCAGGAUUUUUUAACUACAUUUAAGUUCUCUGUUAAAGGCAAAUCUGCAUUUGUUUUUUUGAAUUCCCAUGAAAAUGAAUUUUGCAACCCUAGUUGUAACAGCAAGGUCUAUAGUGCCGGUUUUAUAUUGAAUGUAUAAAGGCCAUUAGAAAUCGAGAUGUAAUUCUCUUAACGUUACACUGCUAACAUCUGUUUUAUAUUGUGUCAGCAACACGCACUUGAUCUUUUAUUCUUUAGUCUUGCUUUUCUCAUAAAGUUUAAAGUAGGUCAUCAAUCGGACAGCUGUGUGACGUCUGUACACUUGCUGAAAACAGCCAAAAGAGUUGAGCUGUAAAAGUGUAGCCUGUUAAACUCUCUGCUUUGCUCUGUAUGUUUUCUUUGUUUGUUAAUUCAGUAAUGUUUUAUAUCGAGUACACAACAGUAAAGAAUGAAGGGAAAUUUCCUGUAUGGCCACAGUUACAUGAAGAUUAACAAUAACACGAGCACAAGAAGAACUGAGAAAAAAAUCAGUAUGACUGUUGUGUGUUGUUUUUUUAUGUGCAGUUAUUGUGAUGUUAAAGCUUAAUGUGUUUUUUAUUUCCAGUGGCGGCCGGUGACUUCUUUUUCAAGGGUGCAUGAUGCGAAGCUCAUCACAACACGUAUUUAUCCCAUCAUAUUUGUGGCUCAUCACGUUAAAAUAUUUGUUCGCCGCAUCAUGUGAACCUUAUGUGCAUUACAAACAUGUCAAAAUCCAUGCCUGCUGCUACAGACGCUUCAAAGGGGUUUAAAGAGAUGCUCACGUUUGGCAGUUACUCAUUUAAUCUCUCGCGUGUAAUCAGAGUUUAGUGUCAAGUUAGUGUGAGCGUCUCUUUUAUCAUAAACCCUUUAGACGCGUGUGCAGCAGGCUCUUAUUUUGACACGACGCACCGAACACAUAUUUUAAAUUCAUGCCCCCGUAAGAGAAGUCACCGGCCGCCAGUGUUUAUUCCUCACCGUGUGUGCCUUUCUCAUUUCCGUUUAUUUGCGCUUAACUGAUAAACAAGUCAAACUGAUUUCUGUACAAUAUUCAUUUAUUUUCCUGUAGUCGUCAUUACUAAUGACUAUUUAUGAGUUAACCCAGAUUUAAAUGUUUGUGACAUUAGUACAGUAAAGCUUUAUUGUGCCUCUCAUGUACACUUUUGUACAAUUAAUCGAGCUGUAAUAAUAAAUGAUACACGUUCAGUGAUUUGAACAUUGCUCUUUUAUUUAUGUAUAUAAACAUAAUCUGAAUGAACAACAACAAAAAUAACUGUUUAUAUAGGGCUGCAUAACAACUUAUCACUUGCAGAAUAAAAGUUUUGGUUUAUAUCA